CUUCCGCUCUGACGACAUCUUAGGAUUGGCAUAACUAACGGCAGCCAGUCCUCUCUUCCCUCUACAUUCCCACCCAUUUGACUUUCCCAUCCUGCCUGAUUUUGACUUCCUUACGCCGAGAAAACCUAUACAAUUACAGAGUACUCGUCACCGGUUGAUUGCGCUGCAAACAAACGUCCGCCCGGCGGAAAGCCUUUUACCCGCUUUCUGCGUGACUGUCAUCGGUAAAUAGACAUUGCCCGUUGCCAAUUUCUUGGACACGGUCCCAUAGUCUUCCACCACAAUGUCGUCCUAUAACCGUCUAGGUCAGUCGAUUCUGCAUUCCAUCGCUGCUAUACCGGUUGAGCGUCGGGUAGCUUCUUCCAUUACUCUCUCGGGCCUUCACGUUCCUCAGCGCUCCUCAUGAAUGCUUGACUGACGUCCACAGAUCCCCAUGGGGAUGAGGACGAUGAUCGCACGCUCAUGAACCCAUCAGUCACCACCUUGUACCAUGAGCAGGACCGGACACCCUCUCCGCAGCGCCGGGUGAAUAGAUACCAGCUUUCUCCUAAUCCCUUCACGGAACAAGGCCACCUCCAAAUGCCACAGGAGCACUUGCCGCUCCCAUCCUCCAGUGAUAUACUGCUUGAUCAGCCUACGUAUUCCGUGACUGGAGUCCACAACUCCCAUGGCCAUAACGACUCUUAUGACCAACAUAACCCACACCAAGAACCUCCAUACGACGAUUACGAUUACACGAUAAACCCGGAAGAACAUCAUGAUGCCUACUAUACACAACCUUACCAGCCGGCAAUCCCCGCGCAUGGAUAUGACGAAGAGCAUGAGGCCUACGACCUGUCACAGUACCCUGAUACUCAGCAGCCGUCAUACGACGACCAGGUUCCGAUUUUAGGGGCCGUAGACCCCUAUCCCUACGAUAACCAGCAGUAUAACGAUGGUGAAACGGUUGUACCUACUCCAAGUCCAGCCCCAAUCCGACGGUGGAAAACGGUGAAGGAGGUCCAGCUCUUUAACGGCAACCUCGUUCUUGAUUGUCCGAUAGCACCUAGGUUACUUGACAGAGUCCCCCAUGCCGAACCUCCCAAUCGUGAUGAGUUCACUCACAUGCGAUAUUCCGCCGCAACGUGUGACCCGUCUACAUUCUUCGAGGAUCGCUUCACCCUGCGCCAGAGACUUUUUGCUAAACCCCGACAUACAGAACUCUUCAUUGCCAUCACAAUGUACAACGAGGAUGACUUCCUCUUCGCCAGAACGUUGAUCGGCGUGUUUAAGAACAUCGAGUACAUGUGCUCGAGGUCGAACAGCAAGACAUGGGGCAAAGACUCGUGGAAGAAGAUCGUUGUCUGUGUCAUCAGUGAUGGUCGUGCCAAGAUAAAUCCACGAACUAGGGCGGUCCUUGCCGGUUUGGGUGUUUACCAGGACGGUAUUGCGAAACAGCAGGUCAACGGCAAAGAUGUCACGGCCCAUAUCUACGAGUACACUACUCAAGUAGGUCUAGAGCUAAAGGGGGAACGAGUUUCACUCAAACCGCGCGAUGGACCGCCUGUGCAGAUGAUCUUCUGUUUGAAGGAAAAGAACCAAAAGAAGAUCAAUUCACACCGCUGGUUCUUCCAGGCGUUUGGCCGUGUAUUGGAACCGAACAUCUGUGUCCUCAUUGAUGCAGGUACUCGUCCCGGUAAGGAUUCCAUCUACAAGCUAUGGAAGGCAUUUGACGUGGAGCCGAUGUGCGGUGGAGCAUGUGGUGAGAUUAAGGUUAUGCUGUCUCAUGGAAAGAAAUUGCUCAACCCUCUGGUGGCCACUCAAAACUUUGAGUACAAAAUGAGCAACAUUCUUGACAAACCCUUGGAAUCCUCAUUUGGUUUCAUCACAGUGCUCCCGGGCGCUUUUUCCGCAUAUCGAUAUGUGGCAUUGCAGGACGACAAAAAUGGCCAGGGCCCCCUGGAGAGAUACUUCUUGGGUGAGAAGAUGCACGGUUCCAACGCUGGUAUCUUCACAGCCAACAUGUACUUGGCAGAAGAUCGGAUUCUGUGCUUUGAAAUUGUGACAAAGCGCAAUUGCCGCUGGAUUCUGCAAUAUGUCAAGUCUUCGAAUGGGGAGACCGACGUGCCGGAUCGUAUGGCAGAGUUCAUUCUCCAGCGUCGUCGGUGGCUCAAUGGCAGUUUCUUCGCAGCAGUGUACGCGAUCGCUCACUUUUAUCAAAUCUGGAGAAGCGAUCAUAGUUUUGGACGCAAGUUCGCUUUGAUGAUCGAGUUCAUCUACCAGACCAUCAGCAUGCUUUUUGCUUGGUUCGGAAUUGGCAAUUUCUUUCUGGUAUUUCACAUCCUUACGGCCUAUCUGGGUAAUAAGGAACUCCUUGGAACAGUUGGACUGGUCCUUGGGAUCGUCUUCGAAUGGCUCUAUCUUGCGACUCUUGUGACAUGCUUUGUCCUAUCUCUAGGCAAUCGUCCCGGCGGUUCAAACAAGUUCUACAUGACAAUGGUCUAUUUCUGGAUUGGAAUCAUGAUUUACCUGAUGUUCGCAGCAAUCUUCGUCACAGUGAAGUCGAUCCAGAAGGAGGCAUCGGAGAAGGACUUCACCUUCGGGGAUCUAUUCAGCAAUAAGCAAUUCUUCACAAUAAUCGUGUCCUUGGGUUCGACAUAUGUCAUGUGGUUUGUUGCUUCACUAAUCUUUUUUGACCCGUGGCACAUGUUUACCUGCUUUAUCCAAUACGUCUUGCUUACGCCCACUUACAUCAAUGUCUUGAACAUCUACGCCUUCUGCAAUACGCACGAUAUAACCUGGGGAACAAAGGGUGACGACAAGGCAGAGAAGCUACCAUCUGCAAACCUGAAGCCUGGCGGCAAGGUUGAUGUCGAGAUCCCACAGGAUGAUGGUGAUCUGAACGCCCAGUAUGAUGCGGAGCUUGCGAAGUUCGCAGAGAAAGCACCAAAGGAGGUCAAGAAUAUUUCCGAGGAAGAUAAGCAGGCGGAUUACUACAAAGGAUUCCGGAGUGCUGUCGUCCUGGUGUGGGUAUUCUGCAAUUUCGCCCUGGGGGCAGUCGUGCUGAGCGCGGCGGGCUUGGAACGAACAACCAGCGACAAUCUUGAGGAGACCCAAAACCAGAGAGCCAAUAUUUACAUGUCCGUUGUCCUCUGGAGCGUUGCUGGUCUUUCGGCAUUUAAGUUUAUGGGCGCUAUGUGGUUCUUAGUUGUCCGAAUGUUCCGAGGUGUUUAAAUGUGUAUUACUAUGGUCUUUAUAACUUCCUUUUUUUCGCACUGGUUUCUUUCUGCAACGAAUCUUUGAUGCCAUGAUAGGAGACGGUAUUACGAAUAUCGCUCUUGACGCUAUAGCGUGCAAUUGCCUGCAUUUUCCUUUUUAUUUUUUUUUAAACCAGUAUUUUGCCAUGAGAUUUUUCUUUUGGAUGUUAUCAAUGGCUGCCAUGACCAGCACUGGAAGAGGGUACUGAAAAUAUAGACGUUCGAUAUGACUUGUCAUGAUUCGGGGGGAUUUCAUGAGCCUGGAGCUAGUUUAUUCAUGGAUGAAAUUUAAAACGAGACAUGUUAAAUGGAGUAUGCAUGUUUUCA